CCUACACGCUUCCCCAUUUCUAGCUCGAGCUGCCCUCAAAAAGGUGGUCUUCCGACGUCGUCUUGGGUCGCCGUCGCUUCUGCUUCUCGUCGGCGUCAAUGGCGAAGCGUCAGAUUCCUUUGCUCAACCGUGUUCUCGUGGAGAAGCCCGUCCCUUCCUCCAAGGCCAGCACCGGGCUGCUCCUCCCGGAGAAGAUAACUAAGUGUGAUUAUGGAGUAGUAGUAGGUGAUGGGGUAUGUGAUAAACAUGGAAAUCCUAAUCCUGUGAAGAAUGGCUACUCUCUUCUUCUGUCAAAGGGUCAUGGGUGGACUGAGCUGAAGCUGAGAGAUAAAAGGAGCAACUGCAUUGGUUUUCCUUGUAGUCCUAGCUUGACUACAUAUGUAGGCAGUGGUAGUUUAAAGCUUGAAGAGUUCCUUUACUCAAAAGGCUCUAAUAUAAGUAGCAGCUCCAUUCAACUGAAGUCAUAUACACAUGGGUCUAUUUCUCUGAAACCUGUCCUUUGGAGUCGAUAUGUAUCUUCUCAGGCUGGAGCAAAUUCAGGCGAUAAGGAAGACGAUCUAGAAGAUGGGUUUUCUGACCUGGAGGUACCACUGGAAUCUGCUGAUUCUGUGGAUGGUGCAGGCAAAGGAGAUGAUGAAGAGCUCAUUUCCGAAGGGGAGUUUUCCGAAGAAUAUGAUGAAACUGCAGUAAGUUCACUUGACUUGGUAGGUGUUGAAGCAAGUGAAGGUGGGGCGAAAAAGGAGCGGUUAAGGCUCUUACAUUCUCCAAUUUUCAAGAUAAUAAAGGAAACCCCGAGGAAUUCUUUAAUAAGAGCACUUGAUAAGUAUGCUGAGGAAGGGAAUUCUCUUGGGAGAGAUGAGAUAAAUCUUGCUAUGUUUAAGCUGAGGAAGCGACGUCUCUACUCAAUUGCACUCCAGUUUGUUGAAUGGCUAGAAGCUAGUAAGAAAAUUGAACUUGAAGCGAGGGACUACGUUUCUCAUUUGGAUUUGAUUGCAAAGGUUAAUGGUCUAUUCAAGGCUGAAAAGUACAUCGAGAAAAUUCCAGAAUCAUUCAGGAGUGAGGUGGUUUACAGAACUUUGUUGGCUAAUUGUGUUGCUGCUAGUAAUGUCAAGAAAGCAGAAGAAGUGUUCCGCAAAAUCAGAGAUCUCGGUCUUCCAAUCACAGCUUUUACUUGUGAACAGUUGUUGGUGCUCUACAAACGGGUAGACCGGAAGAAGAUCGCUGACGUACUCUUGAUGAUGGAAAAGGAAAAAAUAAAACCUACGCUCUUCACUUAUACGGUGCUACUCGGUGUCAAAUGCCAAACCCAUGACAUAUUGGGUAUGGAGCAUAUUCUGGAGACGAUGAAAUCUGAAGGUGUGGAACCUGAUCUUCUAAUCAAGUCCUUGGUUGCAAAAGCUUACAUAUUCGCUGGUUUGAAGGAAAAAGCAGAGGCAGCAUUGAAAGAGAUGGAAGGAAAUGGUGUCCUGGAGAAUCGCUACGUUUGCCACAUUCUUCUCCCUCUGUACGCUGCCUUGGGCAAAGCAGACGACGUUGCAAGAAUAUGGAAAGUGUGGGAUGAGAAACCUUAUCUGGAUGAGUGUCUAGCUGCAAUGGAGGCAUGGGGUAAGCUUGGGCAAAUUGAGAAGGCGGAGGAAGUCUUUGAGCAGGUGGUCAAGACUUGGAAUGUUUCUUCGAAGGCCUAUGGCGCCAUGUUACAGGUUUAUGUGAACAACAAGCUAGUGGCCAAAGGAAAGGAAUUGAUAAAUCGGAUGUCUGAGAGCGGAUGCCAAAUCAGUCCUGUGACUUGGGAUGCGCUAGUGAAACUCUACGCUGAAUCAGGGGAGGUGGAGAAAGCAGACUCAAUAUUGCACAAGGCUUUUCAACAAAAGAGGCUUAGACCUCUCUACAGCUCUUUUAUAACUGUGAUGGAUCAAUAUGCUAAAAGGGGUGAUAUCCAUAAUACCGAAAAGAUUUUUCACCGGCUGGAGCAGAUGGGAUAUGUCAGUGGACCCAAGCAAUACCAGUCUCUGCUCCAGGCCUAUGUGAAUGCCAAGACACCUGCCUAUGGCUUCGUGGCACGGAUGAAAGCCGACAACCUAUUUCCUAACAAGAUUAUGAUCGCACAACUGAAGGGUAUCGAUGCAUUCAGGAAGAGUCCGAUCUCGGAGUUGCUUGAUUGAAGGUAGAUCACAAUUGAAUUUGUAUCUGGUAUUCUUGUGCAAUGGCAUUGAAUAUCGAAUUGAUCUCGGCAGUACAUGUAGUCCAUGCAUAUCGAAUUGCAUAAUAACAAGACCUGUUUUGCCGUCUUAAGAGAAUUCUGAUUGGACAGUGUAGUAGUUAUUUAAAUGCAUGAAAAAUAGAAGAAUAUUUUGUUUGUUCUCA